UUUGACUUGAAAAACGAACCAAACAAACCGCCGAUUCAUUUCAUCUCACGCAAUUGGCUCGCGUGUUUUUCCGCAAUUCACGCGAAUCAUUUCCCCGCUCGAAGUAAUUUUCCCUCACUUUCUCGCCAUCAAAAUUUUCCGUCAAAACUCUGAUCCAAUAGAAAUUGGAUCAGCAACAUUAACAUUUCUCAUUUCGUGCCGUCUUCGCUCUGCCUCUAAAUUCGUUAAAAGAGCGGAGCAGAGCAGGUCCACAAACCCUAGCUUGAUAAUUUAAUCGAAUAUGUCGAAGCCUCUGCCAUAUUCAAUGAAAGAUGUUCACUAUGAUAACGCCAAGUUUCGUCAUCGAUCUUUCUUCAAGGUGAUCACUCAGAGUUUGUUUACCAGUAACUUAAAGCGUGAUUGUGUUAGUUGUAGUACAGGAAAGUUUCUCAUGGUGUUAAUGAUUUUUGGUUUAGCUUAUCUUAUGCUGACACAUGCAAGUCCUGCCAUUUCUGUUUCAAAUGGAGUAGCAAAACGUAUUACAACUAAUGAUGAAGCUCAGGUCACAGUUGGUAGCACCAGAUUUGAAAGAUUUUGGAGAAAACCACCAAGGCUUCCUCCACGAUUUUCACCAGAUGAAAAAGGUAAGACUAAGAAUACAAGUGUGAGAUCGGAGUGGAUAGAUCAACAACAAAAAGUGAAGGAAGCUUUUGUUCAUGCAUGGUCUGGUUAUAAAAAAUACGCAAUGGGUUAUGAUGAGCUUAUGCCACUGAGUAAGCUGGGAAAUGAUGGGUUAGGAGGUCUGGGUGCCACUGUUGUGGAUGCUCUUGAUACUGCAAUGAUAAUGGGUCUUGAUGAAGUGGUUUCUGAAGCUGGUUUAUGGAUUGAAAAACACCUUUUAGAUAGAAUUACUCAUAAAGGCCAGGUUAACUUAUUUGAAACUACCAUACGUGUUUUGGGUGGUCUUUUAAGUGCAUAUCAUUUAAGUGGGGGAGAGCAAGGGAUGAAUCGGACUAGUACAGGACCCAGACCAACUGUUUAUCUAGAAACUGCAAAAAAUUUGGCUGAUCGUCUCCUAUCUGCAUUUACUUCUAGUCCAACUUCUAUUCCCUAUAGUGAUGUUGUUCUACGGGAUUCUUCAGCACAUCCAGCUCCAGGUGGAUUGAGUAGUACGUCUGAAGUCUCCACAUUGCAGCUUGAGUUUAACUAUCUCUCUACUGUUUCUGGUGACCCAAAGUAUGGCAUGGAAGCCAUGAAGGUUAUGGAACAUAUUAAAACUCUCCCAAAGGUGGAAGGCCUGGUUCCUAUCUUUGUAAGCCCUCAGUCUGGGGAAUUUAGUGGAGAAAAUUUUAGACUGGGAUCUCGUGGUGACAGCUACUAUGAAUAUCUAAUCAAAGUAUGGCUUCAGCAAGGGACCAGUCGUAACAUUAAUUUCAAAUAUCUACAUGACAUGUAUGAGGAAGCAAUGAAGGGUGUCAGACACCUCCUUGUCCGGAAAUCAAUCCCAAAUGAAUUGGUUUUUGUGGGGGAAUUGCCCUAUGGAUCAGGAGGUUCUUUCAGUCCAAAAAUGGAUCACUUGGUGUGCUUCUUGCCUGGAACUUUGGCACUUGGUGCUACUAAAGGCAUCACAAAGGAAAAGGCUAUGAAAGACAAUUUGCUUACCUUUGAAGACCUGGAAAAUUUGAAGCUUGCAGAAGAUCUGGCCAAGACUUGCUUUGAAAUGUAUUCAGUAACUUCCUCUGGCCUUGCUCCAGAAAUUGCUUAUUUCCACACAGAGGAAUAUUAUGAAGGUGGUCUUGAUGGUGGGAAUAAGAGCUCGGAGUACGUGAAUGAUAUAAUAAUUAAACAUCUGGACCGACAUAAUCUAUUGCGUCCUGAAACUGUUGAAUCACUGUUUGUCUUGUAUCGUAUAACAGGAGAUCAAAAAUACCGAGAAUGGGGUUGGCAGAUUUUUGAAGCAUUUGAGAAAUACACAAAGGUGGAUUCUGGUGGAUACACUUCUUUAGACGAUGUUACUGUACUUCCUCCUCUUCGAAGAGACAAGAUGGAGACAUUUUUCUUGGGUGAAACACUCAAGUAUUUGUAUUUGCUGUUUGCUGAUAGCUCUGUCAUACCUUUGGAUAAGUUUGUUUUUAACACAGAAGCUCAUCCCUUUCCAAUUAAAGGCACUGUUUAGUGGGAACGGCAUACCCCCUGCUGCUGAAGCUUUCAUGUGCAUGCACAAGGUUGAGUGUGUCAUACCUGAACACAGACAUAACUGGUCUUUUUGGACUCACUGGUGUUUCUUUUACAUGGUCGUGUUGUUUAUUUGACUCUGAAGGCCCCCAGAUUAUUCAGAAUGCAAUCACACUUCAUUUGCAAAGCACCAGUGACUUGUUUCACCCUCAAAAAGCCUGUGGAAAGAAGUUUUAUAGACAGCUGUAUCUGCAUGGCCCAACAGAUAUGUCGAGACUGUAACAUGUAAUUUUGUGAUAAUUCUUCAUUGGAUGUUUUCAUUAAUUAUACGUGGAUGGGUUUUCUCCUCCAAAAUAUUGAGUUAAAGUACAAGCAUUUGUAUUUGACUUCUCCAUUUUUGUAGUAUUAUUGACAGUUUUAGAGAUCUAAUUGAUCAACUUAUCUAGUCAAUUUCUUUUUA